GUAAACAAUCAAAAACUUGUUUAAAAUCUGUCAUUUUAUCCUGAACGAGAUGAUUUGAUUUUUUAGUUCCCUUAACCUUGGCCAUGAGUUUCGUUGGAGCGGUAGUCGUGAGAAGCUAAAGCUCGUAGUUUUCAAAAUGUCCGCAUGCCCAGAGAACCCCCAUCAGCCUCUGAUUUGCUGCCAGAGCUGCACGGGGUUGUAUAGAGGAAAUUCUUUUCAGUCGUACUGCCCCCAGUCGUAUUGCCCCCAAUGUUACUAUAGAUCUUUUUGCCAGCAUCCGGUCCACUCUCCGGAGGAGUUUGCCAAAUUCUCGGAUUGUACACCCAAGCUGGAUUGGUGUGAGCAAUACUUUGAUGAAUGUGGGGAAAAAAAUACAGCUAAAAAGACGACUGGGGAUGAAAAGAGACAGACUGGUAAGCCGGGUACUGGAGCAAAGAAAAGAACGAAAAAACAGAAGACUGAUGACGGAAAAAAACAGACUGUUGGAGCAGAUAAUGGAGCAAACGGAUCGGGCAGACAGAUUACUAAGGACGGAAGUGAACAGAAUGGUAAGACGGAUCUUGGAGCAAACAGAUCGGGAAGACAGUCUACUGAGGAAAGAUAUGGACAGAAUGCUAAGAGGAGUAUUGGAACAAUCAGAAAGGGCACAUUGCCGACUGGGGACGGAAAUAUGCAAAAUGAUAGGCUUGAUAAUGGACCAAACAGAAAGGGUAGAGAACCGGAGGGUGACGGCAAUAAAAAGUCUGGUAAACUGGGUAUUGGCGCAAACAAAAUGGGUACACAGGGUAAUGAACCAAAGAGGACAGAGAAAAAGAAGACGGGGGACAAAAAUGGACCGUCUAAUGGCGAUAAUGGUCCGACUGGACAACCUCCGGCUCCAUGGCCGCCUCAACAAGGAUUCCCUGUGCAUGGAAUGGCUCCUGGAACUCAAGGUAUGCAUGCAAUAGGUCCUGGAAUUCAGGGCAUGCAGGGAAUGGCGCCUGGAUCGCAGGGUAUGCAAGGAAUGGCUCCUGGAACUCAGGGUAUUCAGGGAAUGGCUGCUGGAACUCAGUAUAUGCAGGGAAUGGCUCCUGGAUCGCAGGGUAUGCAGGGAAUGGCUGCUGGAACUCAGGCAAUGCAGGGAAUGGCUCCUGGAACGCAGGGUAUGCAGGGAACGGCUCCUGUCAGUCAGUUUGGUGCUUACGGUGAACAAACAGGUUUGCCUACUCCGGGUGCACAAGCUGCACUGACUGGGAACGAAAAUGGAACGACUGGAAUGUUUGCUAAUGGCGCUUAUGGUGCGAUGGGACAACCUCCGGCUCCCUGGCCGCCUCAACAAGGAUUCCCUGUGCAUGGAAUGGCUCCUGGAGCUCAAGGUAUGCAUGCAAUAGGUCCUGGAAUUCAGGGCAUGCAGGGAAUGGCGCCUGGAUCGCAGGGUAUGCAAGGAAUGGCUCCUGGUACUCAGGGUAUUCAGGGAAUGGCUGCUGGAACUCAGUAUAUGCAGGGAAUGGCUCCUGGAACGCAGGGUAUGCAAGGAAUGGCUCCUGUCAGUCAGUUUGGUGUUUACGGUGAACAAGGAGGCUUGCCCACUCCGGGUGCACAAGUUGCAGUGACUGGGAACGAAAUUGGACCGACUGGAAUGUUUGCUAAUGGCGCCAAUGGUCCGACGGGACAACCUCCGGCUGCCUGGCCGCCUCAAGAAGGAUUCUCUUUGCAUGGAAUGCCUCCUGGAACUCAGGGUAUGCAUGGAAUGGCUCCUCUAACUCAGGGUAUGCAGGGACUGGCUCCUGGAACUCAAGGUAUGCAUGGAAUAGCUCCUGGAGCUCAGGGCAUACAGGGAAUGGCUACUGGAUCACAAGGUAUGCACGGAAUGGCUCCUGAAACACACGGAAUACAGGGAAUGGCUCCUGGCAGUCAGUUUCGUGUUUACGGUGAACAAGAAGUUCACAAGCAAAUACCAAGGUACAAGGAUCCAGGAUCCAUGGCAAUCGGUUAUCCACCUCAAUUAUAUCAAGCUCCAGGAGGUGGUCCACAAGAUCUGCUACGAUAUGGUCAACAAGCUCUGCAGGCAAAUGAGACUUACGGACGAGGAGAGGCUCAAUCAGCUCAAUCGAGGAAGUCGCAGGAGAAGACCGGAGAAGAUUGUGAACAGUCCAAUCCCAGCAGUGAUGCUAUUCAUCGAGUCCUUCAGUCGCUGCAAUUGUCAUUUCCCGAGAAUGGUCUGCAGAAUUGUUGUCUCCUUCUGCCUGUCAAUCUCGACACUGCCAACCGGAUAGAUGAGGGCGAUUCCAAGAAUGGAAAGGAAUUGUCACUAAAACGCAAACUUAGCAAACGCGAUGCAGAUAGUAAGAAGGCUACAUCUGGUGGCACUCCCAUAUCGAAAGCAUCAAUGCCAGCUUCGGCGAAUACCGCAAAUGGUUGCAGUGACUGCAGUCCUGUUGUAUUUCCGGAGCAAUCGAUGCCAUCCUUCUGCUGGAAUAACAGUUUCUUUAUUCAAGCCGACGAAUGCGCGCAGACGGGAUCAUCCAAACCCAGAAAGAACUCAAAAGAAUUGCCGCCUGCAGUUCAGUGCGAACCUGCACCAGAAGAAGCCCCCAUUUCGAGUGGUUUCAACACCUGCUGCAAUGCCUACUGCGAUUCCAGCUAUUGGCCCUUUUACUACUACUACGACCCAUGCAUCGGCUGCUACUGUUGGUAUCCCAACCCCAACUACUGCAAUGGCCAGAACUGCUGUCCGCUUAAUCCGCUGGAGAAGAUAAGCGAGAAACCCCAGCACAAGGAGGCACCCCCAGUGCCCGCAGCAGCAGCGCCCAAAAAAAAGAAGAAAAUUGUAAGGAAAAAAGGCGGUGGGCCAGAGCAGAGGAGCUGUAAUCUGGGAUGCACCAUCCCCAAAUGCCAAACUGCAGCGGUCUCCAGAGAUAUGAGGCAGGCUAUUAUCCCACGGCCCCACCCUGUGGUUGCUCCGCUUAUGGGCAGAUUGGAUUGGCCGACAGAAUUCCUUGAUCCAAGUGUCGGGUAGCUACUCAAAGCGCGAAUCUUGCAAGGACGCCACAUUGUAUGUGCACGACUCGGACGACACGUUCUGCUCUAUGUCUCUAAAUUUAACGUGGAAUACACUUUUUACCAUUUUGAAGAACAAGUCUAUGAAAGAAUAAUAAAUAAAAAGAUAGAUCUGUCGAUCAGUCGAUUAUCCAAAAAUAAUACGGA